AGACAAACGCAGCACUAAAGUGUCCGCACAGGCCAGGUUUCAUGCUGCAUAUUUGACUAGUUCUACUUCUACACCACACACACGCUCUGUUUUCGUUAAGUUUAUUGAAUGUCUCGAACAAAUAGUUUCGCAUUAAGUUAAAGUUUUUGUGUUGCUUUUUUUUCGAUUGCAUCUGGGUAAAAUUACCGAUAUCAGCACGUGCGAACUUGAUGGUCUUACUUCAUCCAUCCACUGCAAACACGCACUUCUCUCCUGCAAAACUCUUCAACAUGGUAUCAAGCAAAGCUGCAAUGACAGCCGCAGCUCUCCUUCUCUGCCCCAUUGUGUCACGCCUCUUCGUUAACGCGGUGCAACUCGCUUCAGCACCCGGACGGCCGAAGAAGACGACGAGUAUAACAAAAGGCAGGGCAUCAACCGCUUCUAGUAGCAAGACAAAGCCUAAGCCUUCCUCUGGGCCGUCGUCGUCGAAAACGAAAACCAAUGCUGCAGCCACUACUUCCGUCAAUAAAGAGCCAUCUUCUGCGACAACGUCCACGGGCAGCGACGCAGGAAGUAGUGCCACAGCAAAGGAGGUGCCUGAAGUUGAUGAAACGACGGAUGGAAACAUCAAGGAGCGUUUGAUGUGGAGCGAUCUGGCUGUAUCUUCAGGCGAGGAUGAAGACGAUGAUCCAGCGGUGGUCAGCAAAGAGCUCGAUCGGAUUCAUUCACUGGACUCGAGUACAAGUUUUUCUACGAAGACCACUGAAGUCACAGAAAGUGGGGCUCUUCACGUUGGAACAUCUCGUAGCAUAUCCUUCGGCUCAUCUGCAGAUGAUAGCAAUACUGGUGCGUCAUCUUCUAAUUUUGGCCCGAACACGAUGUGGGUGUUCGGCCUUGGUAACGUCACGGGAGAGGGUCCAUUUCCACCACGACCUGAUGCGGAAGAUCCAAAGGACGACUGGCCAGCUUUGGGAGCAUCUGUUACCGUGGCGUCCUCCAGGUCUUCUACCGCUGCAGGAAGAGCCACUGUCGGUCGUCAGCGAGCGAACUUGCAAGGUGGAAAACCGAAGCAGCAGGAGCUGCCGCAAGUGGAUAAAAGUAAUCAGCAGCAACAGCCUCCUGUAGCUGCAGGCACUGUUGCUCCCAUAGGGUUGGGAAAGGUCGACGAGAAAGAUCGUUGGUGGGCCUCUACUCCUUCCUUCUCUGAUGGAGCACCAUCGGGUCGAGGAAAGGCAACUACUGCCGGAAUUAACUACAGCGACCAUGACUCCGAGGCCUCACGGACACCUAAAAAUAACACACUCCCUCGAACAGCCCACCCGCCGAAGAGAACCCGGGACGCCAGGGGGAGGGCUAGCAUAAUGCUGAAGAAAAAACAGAUUGUUGCGAAAUUCAAGGCGAAGUUUGACCAUGCCCCCGGUGAUCAUGCGAAAACCGCACCCGCUGCCGCGUCGAUUUCGCCGAACACUGGAAAUAAGCUCGCAAGAAGCAGUACAGUGGAGACGGAUUCAAGUUGUGACCCUCUGUCCUCCUCGUCCUCGCAAGUGCCGCUGAACUACGAUCCCGAUGCCUGGCCGGCCCUGUCGGCGAAGAAGUCAUCUCCGUUUUUGCAGAAAGGCAAAAAGACCGAAAGUAGUAGUGCGGCCGAACAGCACGCUUCGAGCAUUUUUAGUGCCACCUCAGACACCUCCCUCUUGCACAGACCAUCCGCUUCGGGCGGUGCAAACUGCUUGGACGCAUCGGCCGAGGUUUUUGUACCGACGAGCCAUAGAACUCUGGACGCAGUUCUACAACCUUUUCCACCGAUGAAAACUAGUACAAAACUUUUGGACGCUUCGGCGAAAGUUUUCGUCCCAGCACAGCAGUCGACACCGGAAGCGUGUCAGGCCCAACAAGAUCAAGAAAAAUCUCUAGAUCAUGACGAAUUGCCGAUGGAAGGGAUCUGCUCAACAGCAGAUGAAACAGGAUUUUCUAGUUCCACUAUGUCCGUCGAUGCAGGGGCUGUGCCUUCUUCUUCUACUCAUGAUCUACAAAAACUUGGACGAAACGCGGAGAAGAAAGAGCAACCUGAUGAGCAAAUGCACGUCGCGGAUCAAGUAGAAACCAAAGAACAAGCAGAACCGUCCACUCCAACACUCCGCCUCGAAGACAUCGAGGGCGAUUUGAUGACGGUGAAAAUUGUGUCCGCGACGCGCAACGGCGCCGAACUGACCAACGCCUGGCUGUGGCCCGAGUUGAGUUGGCCGUUUUGGUACUGCAAAAACUUCUUGGAAAGGGGCUUGACAGUGAGGAUGCUGAGAGACGGGAUUCGGCAUAAUUUCCCACCAGACAGUGGGGAGGUGAACUUGGUUGUCGGGACAAAGAUUCUAGUCCCGGGGAGUUCAGAUGAUGAAAGGCUGGUGUCCGAUCUGGUCGGGGAAAUGCAACAGGAAUGGCUGAUGCAGCAGCAAUUUGAGAUGAGCAAGAACGAGGCUGCGGUUGGUUUUCACGAUAAAGCACAAGAAGCUCAAGCUGGUCAACACGCCUACUACGAUUACGAGCAACAGUUGGAACACAUUCACAACUACCCAACGGAAGAUCCUGCAUCGAUGUCAGGAGCCACUGGAAGCUUAUCUUCAGGAGCAAGCUUCUCCCGCUCCUGUGGCACGACAUCACAUCAAUCACAGCGGACGAGUCAUGUGCACCAGAUGCAUGCGCUGCAGCUGCACCAAGGACAGCUGGUCGGGUUUAUGGUGCCCUGCGUGCUGUUCGGAAUUCCAGAGGGGACUGAGGAGCGGGGACAAAGUUAUGACCAUGGCAUGGAUAUGGAAGCAGAUCAAGAGGCGGAACAGCACGCGCAGCAACCCGUCGUCGCAGGUACCGAACAGGCGCACAGUCCUAGUCGCGGUUCGCCGGUAACUGGCGCCGGUGAAGAUGUAGUCGACCGGGGUGAGCAUGUACAACAGAAAUACGAAGUUAAAGUUACAGAGCAGGAACAAGACCCCAGCAUGAACGACGACGAGACACCGCAGACGAAAGCGGAAGCGAAAUUGUUUCUGGAUGGUGACAUCGAGGAACAGGAAGAAGUUUCUCCCCCUGGUAUACUAGACCUACUUAAUAUCUCUCGUGAGCCGCAAUCAGCAAAAAUCGUGACUGCAGUCAGUUCGGACGUCGACAGCAGCUCUACUAACGAGAUCAAGGCGCAACGGUUCGAGAAAGGAGAGAAAGGCACUGUCCGAUACUACACAGAAAAAAAGGAGGAGCUUGGUGAAGACACUUUGAUCCACCUUGACGUGCCCUACCUGCGUGACGAAGAUGGUACGGGCGUGGAUGCGCCGUUUGCAAAUCUACACGAAGAGUGGGGUUGUCCGGACUCUUGGGAGGAUUUGUUGGAAGAUGAGAAAGUGGAGGAGAACCCAAGAGGGAAAGGCGGGCCUAAAAGUAAAAAGGGGUCUGCGUCGAAGAGCAGAAAGAGUUCGUGCGCGCCGGCUUUGAUGAAAACUAUUAUGGAGGGUUGUGCGCUUGAGAAGCAGGAUGAGAAGAUGUGCUAGAUAUACUUCAGUUCUUUUUCAUACGUUUUUCUUUUUUGUUUUAUUGCAAUUUUAUUGCAGCAAUUCAGCUCCAGCACCAGCUUGCAAACUUUGUGUACAAGAAAGCUAACUUUGGUCUUCGUCCUGGUCCUGAUAUGCUGCUCUAUAUGAGUCCAGAGAAUACAGCACAGAUCAUGAAGUGAUGAAGCCCAUGCUUCAACAUGGAUGCGCCAAGCCUCAGUGAAGAAGUGCCAGCCGAUAUGCUGUUGCUGACGCAAACACACUGGAAAAAAAUGCAUCCCAUGUCAGACAGCACCAGUUAUUUCAGUUUGUUUAUAUUAUCUGAUCUGUUUUUGCAGCUGUCGAAGUCAACAU